AAAAUAAUUGUUAAAUAUGUAGAAAAACGGAACAGCAAUAAUAAACAACGAAAAAACAUAGGUUUUUUAUCAGUACAGACUAUGCCAACGACUGGAAAAUGAAGCAAAACUAAAUCUCACAAUGACUUGAUGCCAUAGCUAAUGUACGCACAUCGAAGGGCAUCUUCGAAUUCAAUUUGCGGCAAUUUUGUGCAAGCAAAUAAAUAUUGGUGUUAUUUGUUGUGCCACCAACAGUCCACGACAUGUCGUCAUAUCAAGCGGAAUACAGCGCCGACGAGCAGGCGGCCAUCGAUAAAGAAUUUACUAGACUUGCAAACAACAAGAGCAUUUACCUGGAUCAUGCGGGCACCACCUUGUACGCGGAGAGUCAAGUGGCAGCCGCUGCAGAGCAGCUGCAACGCGAUGUCAUCUGCAAUCCGCACACGUGCCGCCUAACCGGCGACUAUGUGGAUCAGGUGCGCUACAAAGUUCUGGAGUUCUUCAACACGAAUGAGCAGGAAUAUCAUGUGAUAUUUACGGCCAAUGCAACGGCUGCCCUGUCGCUGGUGGCGGAGAAUUUCGACUUUGGGCGUAAUGGAAACUUCCACUAUUGCCAGGAGAAUCAUACCUCAGUGCUGGGCAUGCGCGAGCGGGUCCAGGCCAGAGCCAUCUACAUGCUCAAGGAGGAGCAGAUCAGUGGCAGGGGCAUGGCAUCAGUGCCAUCAGUUAAUGGCGGCUCCACGCCGGCUGCUGCUGCCUCUGCUACUAACCUGGACAACUCCCUGGUGACCUUUUCGGCCCAGUGCAACUUCAGUGGCUACAAGAUGCCCCUCGAGGCCAUUGCUGGCAUACAGAAGCAAGGUCUGCCCCAUGGUCCGGGCAGAAGGAUUUCGGGUGCAGCAACAGAGGCAGAGUCCAGCCACAACAACAACUACUAUGUGUGCCUUGAUGCCGCCUCCUUUGUGGCGACCAAUCCCUUGGAUCUGCAACGUUAUCAGCCCGACUAUGUGUGCUUUAGCUUCUACAAGAUCUUUGGCUAUCCGACCGGAGUGGGUGCCCUGCUGGUGAGCCGUCGCGGCGCUGAGGCCUUUGGCAAGCGUCGCUUCUUUGGUGGCGGCACCAUCAACUAUGCCUAUCCCCAUGCCAUGGACCAUCAGCUGCGCGAGCUCUUCCAUCAGCGCUAUGAGGACGGAACACUGCCGUUCCUCUCGAUUGUGGGACUGCUCGAGGGCUUUCGGUCACUGGAACGCCUGGUGCCGGGUAACACCAUGGCGCGUAUAUCGCGACAUGUCCAUGGCCUGGCCCAGUACCUAGAGCAGCAGCUGCGCCAGCUCGAGCAUCCCAAUGGCCAGCCACUGAUCGAGCUGUAUAACAGAGUGGGCUAUGAGGAGCGUUCACGCCAGGGCGGCAUUGUGGCCUUCAAUGUGCGCACGGAUGCAAGCGCCUUUGUUGGCUUUGGCGAGAUUGCCUGCGUGGCGGCCCUGCAGGGCAUACUCCUGCGCACCGGCUGCUUCUGCAACAUUGGCGCCUGUCAGCGUUAUCUGCAGUUGGACGAUGCCAUGAUGGAUGCCAUUUACAAGCGUGCCGGUCGCAUUUGUGGCGACUACUUUGAUUUGAUCGAUGGCCAACCCACCGGCGCCGUACGCGUCUCCUUUGGCUACAUGACCCGACGCCAGGAUGUGGAUGAGCUGCUGAAAAUGCUGCGCCUGAGCUAUCUGGCAACCAGACCACAGCAGCGACUGCAACUGAUCGAAGAGCAGGCGAGCGAACUGCCCAAGGCACUGAAGGAGCGGGCCCAGCGGCUGCGACCGCAGCUCCUGCAGCUGGCCAUAUAUCCGGUCAAGUCGUGUGCAGCCUUCAAGAUCGUGGGUGGCGGCGCCAGCUGGCCACUGACGGCACAGGGACUGCAGUACGACAGGGAGUGGAUGAUUGUGGACAUGAACGGCAUGGCCGUCACCCAGAAGCGCUGCACCGAACUCUGCCUGAUCAAACCCCACAUACGGGCUGACCAAUUGCAGCUGCACUUUGGCGACUCGCCCGCUGCUGUCUCGCUGCCGCUUUCGCUGGCGGAUCAGGCGGAGAACUCGUCGCGUUGCCGCAGCAAAGUGUGCCGCCAGCCCGUGGAGGGUCUGGACUGCGGCGAUGAGGUGGCCCAGUGGCUGAGCGAGCAUCUCGGACUGGAGGGGCUGCGUUUGCUGCGCCAAUCGUCGCUGCGCAGCUCGUCCAACGGUGAGCAGCAACAGAAACAGCUCAGUCUGGUCAAUCAGGCGCAAUUCCUGCUGGUCAAUAGAUCCUCUGUGCGUUCGCUGCAGUUCGAAGAGUCGCUGGACGAGACGGUGGAUCGUUUUCGGGCCAAUAUCAUCAUCGACACGGGCGCCGCCUUUGAGGAGCUGUCCUACAAACAGCUGACCAUCGGCCAGGUGCAGUUCCAGGUGGAGGGGCCCUGCCAGCGUUGCGACAUGAUCUGCAUUAACCAGCGCACGGGCGAACGAUCGCCGGAGACUCUCACAACCAUUUCCCGCCUGCAGAGCGGUAAGAUGCGUUUCGGCAUCUACAUUUCAAGGAUCUCCGCGGCGAACAACAAGCAGCAACUCACCUGCGGCGAUGUCGUUGUUGUCACCUGAACACAGACACACACACACACACACAGCCCUGCCCCUCCCCUCCCCCACCGUAUGCUAUACCUUCCGCAAGUUCAAAGUGGUGGGAGGCAGGUCCAAUGCGUUUCAUGGCU